GAUAUUUUGGAAGGGAAGCGGCCAUUCAAUAAUACGACGUGGUUUUAAACCGAGGCUGCUGUUUUGGCGCUUUCUGCUUGUAAUAUUGUUGAACAGUGAGGUCGAGAAAGAUAAAAGUUUGCUGCUUUUCGGGACACGAUUGACAGUAGCAGCUGAGACUGGACUGAAUUGAGUGAAAAAGCUUGGUGGGUAAGCGAUUUUGAGCUCCGUCUUCGGCCAUGGAAAGCCAUUGAAGGUACACUCUUAAGAGUUAUUUUAAGGGUUCCUUUCGUUCGUUGUUAUGUGCCCGAGCUGCUGAGCAACCCAUCUCUUGAAGAACUUGGGUAUGGCUACAGCUAUGGCUGCAAUGAUUCAGAGAUCCCAUGUCGGCAGAAGAAGUUGGAGGUUUCUGAUAGUCAUCGCCAUGGCAGUCUUUGCCCUUGCUAUUGUUGUUAUUGUUCAAUGCUCUUCAAUUUCCUAUGGGAUUGGGAGAACAUCCUCAUGGCCUCCAUUACUAGAAGAAGCUCCUGAGGCUUCCUCCUCUUUCUUGGUUAGUCCAAUCAAUAACCCUGGGAUUUCAGAUGAUUCGAAGUUGGGUGAGAUUCAGAAGUUCAACUUGGUGGGAAAUACUUCUGUAUUAGCAUCAUCCAAUGAUGAGGAUUUUGGAGAUGAUAUUGAAUCAAUCUCGAAUAUGGAAUUUCGAGAUCGAAGCAGGCCACCUGCUGUUGAAGAAGCUAUUGAAUUGGAACCCAAGAAUAGGGAGCCUCUGCAGAUUGUUUCUAUGGCAUUGAGCAAGAAUCCUGAGAAGGGGAGUCUAUCCUUAUCCAAGAGGUUGGGAAGGAAGAAGCAUCCAACAACAAUUUCCCAGAUGAACUCACAGUUGCAUCACAAUCUUGUUUCAGCUAUUUCUAAGAGACCGCAGCGGCCUUCUGCACGUGAUCGUGAACUCCUCUCUGCCAAACUGCAGAUAGUAAAUGCUCCUAUUGUGAAGAAUACUCCUGGUCUUCAUGCUUCUAGCUUCUGGAAUGUCUCCAGAUUUAAACGGAGCUACGAGCUGAUGGAGCGAAUGCUGAAAGUUUAUAUCUAUAAGGAAGGUGAGAAGCCGGUGUUUCAUCAGUCAAGGAUGAGGGGGAUAUAUGCUUCAGAAGGAUGGUUUAUGAAACUGAUGAAGGAGAGUAAGAAGUUUGGUGUGAGAGACCCCAGGAAAGCUCAUCUGUUCUACAUACCUUUUAGUUCAGAGAUGUUGAGGAAAGAACUAUACAGGAAAAGCUUUCAGUCCGUGAAGGAACUUGAAGAACACUUGAAGAGCUAUGUGAAUCACAUUUCACACAAGUACAGCUUCUGGAAUAGAAGCAGUGGAGCUGAUCAUUUCAUUGCCGGGUGCCAUGACUGGGCACCAAAGUUGACAAGCAAUCACAUGAUGAGCAAUUGCAUCAGAGCACUCUGCAAUGCUAAUGUGGCCAAGGGCUUUAAAAUAGGAAAAGACACAACACUGCCAGUGACAAGCAUACGUUCACAGGAGAGACCUCUGCAGGACAUUGGGGGGAAACCUCCAUCAGAGAGACACAUCCUUGCAUUUUUCGCUGGAGGAAAACAUGGUUCCCUCCGGCCUGUGCUGCUGCAGCACUGGGAGGCGAGCAAAGACCCCGACAUGAAGAUCUUGGGUCCUAUGCUGAGGGAUGUUGAGAGCAAGAGAAUCUACAGGGAGUACAUGAAGAGCAGCAAGUACUGCAUCUGUGCCAAAGGUUAUGAAGUUCACACGCCUAGAAUAGUUGAAGCCAUCUACUACGAGUGCGUCCCAGUCAUCAUCUCGGACAACUACGUGCCUCCGUUCUUCGAGGUACUGAACUGGGAGGAAUUCGCGGUGUUUGUUGCGGAGAAAGACAUUCCAAGGUUGAGGGAGAUUCUGGUGGAAAUUCCGGAGGAUAAGUAUGUGGCAAUGCAGUCAAGUGUGAGGAUGGUGCAGCAACAUUUCCUGUGGCACAAAGCCCCUCUAAGGUAUGACUUGUUUCACAUGAUCCUUCACUCGGUUUGGCACAACCGAGUGUUUGGGAACUAGAAGGAGCAACAUCAACGCGAGGACCUUCGUGAUCAUUAGGAGGCUGCCUGUCACAGCAUCUAGUGACUCCUCUUAUGAAGUAGAACAAACCAGUGUAGUUUAUCUGGAAUGAAGUGUUGCGUCUUUCUUUUACUUGAAAGUUCUUCACAGUAACAUGCACCAAAAGAGGCAUAAAGCCACAAAGAAGAAGAGAUGUAUGGAAAGAGGAAACAGAGAGAUGUGUGCUGUCAUUAGUUAUGAAGAUGUAACAGACGAGAGCGAGCAACAGCCUAGUGCAUUCCUAUCUCCAUGUGUGAAUGAUUGACAGCAAGCGCCAAGCAGAGAGCAGGGAAGAACAAGUCUGCUGUUGGGUUGAGGGGACGGCCAGUUGCUGAGCUGGUGAUCGAUUCCUCUGAAACAGUAAAACCCGUGGUUUACUGAGCGAUGAUAAUUGCAGUGCUCUCUUCCACUUACCGAUUUGCGAGACGAGUUUUAGUCUGAACCUACUGGAGAAUUUGAUUGCCUCCAGUGGCAGAACAAGCAUGGCACAUGUGUACAACCCUAGUUGGAAGAGCGUGCUCCUCGCUCUUCACUCCAGAGGUUAUGAUUGUCGUCUGAAAUGUUCAUGGUGAUGAUGCUGGUAGGGGGAGCGUCAUAACGUGGCGGAAAAAUACAGAUUUCAGGUACGCAAUCUUCAUAUCUAGGGAGUUGUGAUCAGUUGUAAUUUGAUUCAGCAAUAGUUGAUUGAAUCUCUGAAGUGGCCAUUUAGCUAAGGAAAUAACUAAGAAAUGUAGGAGCAAGGACUAGGGCUCCUGGGUAUGGAUCCAGAGCAACAAGCACAACCAUGCAUGACAAUAAUGUAAGACUCAAAGAAGAUGAUAUAAAUUUGGAACUUUUUCGUUUCUUUGCUGCUGCAGGCAUGGUUCCAUUGCUGUAAGUUGGUUUACAUACAUUCCAAGUAAUUAAUAAACAAGGAAUCAACGGCGAAAGUGCGGAUAGGAGUGGUUCGCCAUUGGGGUAUGAAAGUGAAACUAUUUACAGGCAGUCCCAUGGAUGUGUUUAGAGGAUAUGUGUCUAAAGGGUACACAAACAGCCGCCGCAGGGGAGCCCCCUUGGAGGAAAGGUCCAAAGAGAAGACAGUCCUCCAAACUCUGAAAUACACUAUGUCAAGUUCAUACGGAUGCCUGCCAAGAAGCUUCAGACGCCCCAUCCGCGGCAGCGAAGCAUCACCACUGAGAUCAGAGGUUGGGGGCCGUCGAAAUGGAUCUGCAGAACCGAUGACCUGCUGCAGAGAAACCCUCUUAUGUAGCGACCAAUUGCAGAAUUCAUCAACACUAUUCCCGCUUCUGCUGCUGCUGCUGCCAUGAUUCAGAAUCCAAAUGGCAACAUAGGCAGCAGCGAGGGGUGAUGGGUUGUCUGACAUUUGAACAAUCGUCAAGCUUCCUCUGCAUACUCCCAAGCAUUCAUUGCCAAUGUAUCGAAAUUCCGGAUGCAAAGUAAUAAGCACCGGAUGAUGAUGAGGAUGACGACGGGGAUCAAGAUCAACUCCGAAGAGAGCGUGUUUCGCCCCUAGCCAGAACAUGAAUCCCUUGUACAUAACUCCUUGGGGAUAAUGCUCCUCCCACAGAAACUCCUGCCCUGCUGGCCAAUCCACAUGGUGUUCCUUCCAUGCCCAUGAAUCCUCCCUGCUCCGGUUACUGAAAGUGUGCAUCAACACACAACCACUCGGCCGCUCAGAUGCUGUAAUACGGAUCACGGUAAAGCUGCCAUCCGGUUCGCUAGCAAGACCAUACAGCAAUCUUCUUCUCUGCUCGCUGUUACGAUCAUGAUUGAUUACAGGGAGUGGAACCCAGUUAUGUUCCCCGCUGACAGGCUCCCAGACGCAGUAAGCAGCGGAAUCAUUCGCCGCAGAGCGCCACUCCUCGCACAAUAGAACGUCGUUGCAGCAAGCAACCACUUCCAUCCUCUGGUCGCUGCCGCCUCUGACUUCGUUGCUAUAUCGAAAACGCUGCUCAUUGUCGUCGUCGUUGCAAGGGCGGAGCAUCAAUCUGGGCCAUAUUCCCACCGUAUCUUCCUCCGCCGAAGAGUACGCCGCAGCCACCACCCAACUCCACAGACGGUUGCUGCAGCCGGGGAACGACGUCGUCAUGUUGGUCAACAGAGCGAAGCUGCUGCUAUUACGUCGACUGCUCGUCUGAUCGUCCCCGCCGCCGUACCAGUGCUGCAGGUAGUUCGAUGUUGCCUCGUCCUUCACGAGCAGCUUGUACCAGGUUUUGCAGACGGCGCUGCAUCUCUUGGCGCAUCGCAACGGCACCCGGCUGAUGAUGCCGAUCAGUACGGUCUGCGGGAGAUCGGUGAUGGAUGUCGAAUUCCCCUCGCCGGCGCUGCAGCUCCUCCUGAUUUUGCUCAUACCCGCCGGCCGAAUUCAGUUAACUGGAAUCGGGGAUGGAUAAGGUCUGGGUUGAGAGUUGAGAGUAUUACCCUGGAUUUGUGCGAAUUGGUCUUUCGAUUUUGAGUGGGGUUAGAUAGAUAUGGAUGAGUUGAAAAAGGUAUUAAUGGGCACAUGCAUGUGGAUCUUUUUGUAAAUUGUAAACAUGUAGAAAAUGUAAGACAUAAAAUUUUACGGUACUAAAAGAUAAAUUUCCAUAAAUAUUU